AUAUAAAACAUCAAAACAAGCCCAGAUGCCCUUGAUAGUAUUUAUUCCUUUCUACGGCGAUCUGUGCACUGAAGGCAUUCAUCACAUCUACAUUAGGUAGCUGGUAAAGAAUGCGUUUUCACACAGGCUCUCGGGCAUUUUCUCUCCUACUAUUGAUGCACUUUGCCGAGAAAGUCGCUGGACACGACCAUAACUGGACUCAGUGUUUCGCCGACAUCCAGGCGAAUGCAAUUGCCACCAAUAAUCUGGCUGGUCUCCUCAAUGCAGACGGAGAUCCCGUGUCGAAUGUUUCCGAUGCCGCAGCGGUCAGCUACGCGCUGUGUACCUCCUUCUGUGGGAACGCAUGGGGUUUUGAUAUCUCUAUAUUUUCGCAAGAUUUCAGUUCAUGGCUACUGCCAUACCUGGCGCUGAUUUCGCAGCUCCCCUUUGGGGCACAGUACAGGCUUGAUAAUCUCAUGUCUGCUGUGUUAACCGUUGGGUCACCGGCACUCGCUGGCUACUCUCUGUUCAUCACCCUCCUCAAUUCUCGCUGGAUCAACCGCCGAUUUAGUCAAUCGGUGGACUAUCCCAAUUCACGUUUCGCAGUCUUCAUUGUCAGCGGCCUUCAGCAAGUCCCGCUAGGACUGCAUUCCGAUCGCACACGCUUAGCAUCCCUCAUUGUCCUUCCGGAAAACGAUUCCUGGUGGCAAUACUUCUCUGAGUUGGUGGACUACACUCAUACGUGGUCAAUUGCGUCCGCGACCUCCAUCGCCUGGGUUGUCGUUGCCUAUAUCCUGUCUAUCGCCAACUCACCAUCAGAUGCUUUUGUAAAUGCUCAAGCCGGCACCGAACCUACUAGUUCAAUGUGGCUGUGGUUGAUUCCCAUAGUCAUUGGAUGGCUCCAACUCUCCCCGAAAUGCGAUUUCAAUCGCUUACACGCAGCUUAUGAUCGCGCCAACCGACACACACGCACAGGAAUGGCAGAUGCUCCUACUGGAACACCACCUGCGUCCGCCCAAAGAGCUUUAACAAUAACUGCUCAUGAGGAGGAGGUAUUGUCUCCAGACGAACUCCUCACUCCUCCGGUGUUUAAUUAUUCGCGUUCGCUGCAAUGGGCAUGUACAGCAGAGACCAUCUUCCAGAUGUACAAGGUGGCAUCAGAGAAGGUUCAAAGACGUAUUCCCGUCAAUUUUGAGAAUGAGUGGGUCGAGUCUGACGAUUUUAAAUCUAUCCACCCCCGCAAUCGACGUGGGUCGCCUCAGGAAAUCACCGCGUAUUGCACGCAACCCGAUCGUGCACGGCGCAGCCAUUGGGCACCUGGGGUGUUCACAAGAAUGGCUCUCGCGUCAUGUGCUUCGCUUGUAUUACAAUGGGGAACAGUGGGUGGAGCGUUUAUAGUAGAGUGGUUCACUCCUACGAUAGGCAUUGGGUGUCGAUCUCUGAGUUACCUCAUUUAUGGAGUCGUCUCGACUUUCAUUUGGAUGAUGCUCAUGACAUCCAGUAUUCUCGCCCACUAUUCUGCAGCUUAUCCCUAUCGAGCAUCACUGUCUGCACGUCUUGCCCUGUCGGUAUCGCACUGGCUGCGAAGGGUGGGCAAACUGUUGGCCAUUGCGAACUCCAUCUGGGCGGUCUUGGCGUGUUUCCUUCAAUAUUCCGGCGUCUACAAUACAUGUUUCUGCAAUUCCAGUAUGAUUAGCAGGGGACAGGCUGCUGCAUAUGUUACGAUGAUCGAAACCGCAGCCCAUGCUGCAAUGGCCAAGUCUGCCUGGAUUGGUGCCCUCGUCCUGGCAUGUACCUCAGCGUCAGCUUUCGUCGCUCUCGUGAGUCUGUUAUUGGAUAGUCUUACGAUAUGACCUUUGUUGCAAAUUUAUUAUUUUUAAUGUGGUUAUUUUUGAGUAAUAAUAAGCUUUAUGUA